CAGGGGACGUGGGAACUCCAGUACAGAGGCUGUGAUUGGCUGACGCGCCUGUCAAUCACCACCGGCUGGGCGGGUUCUUUCUGCAGCCACCGCCAGCAUGUUAGUCCUGAAUGAGCCUCAGUGUUUGGCUUUGGUUUGACAAGUUUCCCCGGACGGAUCAUGGGGGAAGGAGAGAGCUGCUAGUUAUUGACACAUCAAUAAAACUAAAAAGUUGCAGCUCACUGUGCGCGUGCUUCAGGUAGACUGACGCUUUGGCAGAUGUAGGCACGUGGGAAGUGUCCUGUUUUUUUUUCUUCUUUGUGUCUCCUUUUGUGAGUGAUUCUUCCAGUCUACCGUGGGAAAGAGCCAGACACCAGCAUAAAGAUGAACAGUCUGUCUUUUGACGACCCUUCUUUGGACAACCUGGAUCCAACCCUGUCGCUAAAUGACCCCAGCGACAUAGACACGGCGCUAUUAAGCGACAUAGAUGACAUGCUCCAGCUCAUCACCAACCAGGACAUGGAGUUUGGCCUGUUUGACAACCCCCCAUACACUCAUACGGGACCUCCUCCAGCCCAGGAGCUCCCUGGUCUGACCCCGACCAUCACCCCACCCGCCCCUCCAGCCCCCACCACCACACCCGCCCCUCCCUCCUCCAUCCUGAGCAGCAGCCCCCACCUGGACGCCCUGCUGGGCCCUCCCAUCACCCGGAGCUCCUCCACCCCGGACAAGGCCUUCCAGCCCCCCACCUUCCAGCAGUCCCCCCUGGCCCAGGUGCCCAGCUCCGCCCCGAGGCAGCAGCCGGCGUCCCCCCAGCAGGCUCCGGGCCUGGUCCAGCCCCAGGUGGAGCAGCCCCAGCCCCUCCUCAGCCCGCCGGGCCCCGCCCAGGCUGCUUCACCUCACGGGUCUCCGGCACAGAGCACGGCGUUCAGCGCCAUGCCCCAGGCCCUCUUCACCUCGCCACAACCCCAGACCCCGCCUCAGCCCCAGUCUCAGCAGCCCCAGCCCCAGACUCCAUCCCAACCCCAACCCCAACCCCAGCCUCAGCCUCAGCCUCAGCUCCAGCCCCAACAGGUCCGGACCAACUACACCACCCAGACCAGCUACACAAUCAGUCCCAGCAGCGUGAGCCAACCCGCCACCAUCUUGUCGUCGUCUCCUCCAGCUGUCCAGCCGGUGACCAUCCAGGCUCAGCUCCAGGGCCUGACCACCACGUCUCCUCUGCUGGCCACGUCGUCCAGCCCGCCGGUCCAGACCAUCGCGCCCCACAUACAGCAAGUCCCUGUGUUGCUGCAGCCUCAGUUCAUUAAGGCGGAGUCUCUGCUGCUGACCACUCUGAAGCAUGACCCCUGCAUCGUCACGACGAUGGCCUCGCCCACAUCACUGGCCACCACCACCCCAGUACAGAGCACCUCGCUGCAGGCCUUUAUGGGCGGGGGCACCAUCCUGACCACGGUGCCCGUCAUGAUGGACGCUGACAAGAUGCCCAUCAACCGCAUCGCCAUCAGCGGGAAGCCGGUGGGCGUGCCACACAAGGGAGAGAAGCGCACGGCUCACAACGCCAUCGAGAAGCGCUACCGCUCCUCCAUUAACGACAAAAUCAUCGAGCUCAAAGAUCUGGUGGCUGGAACUGAAGCGAAGCUCAACAAGUCUGCCGUGCUGAGGAAAGCCAUCGACUACAUCCGCUACCUGCAGCAGGCCAACCAGAAGCUCAAACAGGAGAACAUGGCCUUUAAACUGGCAGCGCAGAAAAACAAGUCUCUGAAGGACCUGGUUGCCAUGGAAGUGGACGGCCCUGCCGACGUGAAGAACGAGCUGCCCACCCCCCCGGCCUCAGACGUGGGCUCCCCCACCUCCUUCUCCCACUGCAGCAGCGACUCGGAGCCCGACAGCCCGAUGGCCGAGGACACUAAGCCGAGCGUGUCAGACAGGUCGUCAGCAGGAGGCAGCGCCGGCGGCAUGUUGGACCGUUCCCGCAUGGCGUUGUGCGCCUUCACCUUCCUCUUCCUCUCCCUCAACCCUCUGGCCGCCCUGCUCUGCUCUGCAGGCAGCAGCUCGGCUGGCAGCGCCGCCGCCACGGCAACACACCACGCAGGACGGAGCGUCCUGGGCGUGGAUAUCGCAGCCGAGUCGUGGGGCUGGAUGGACUGGAUGCUUCCCACUCUCCUGGUUUGGCUGCUGAACGGGAUUCUGGUGUCGGGAGUUCUGAUCCGACUGUUGGUGUACGGAGAACCUGUAACCAGACCUCACUCUGGAUCCUCAGUCCUGUUCUGGAGGCACCGCAAGCAGGCCGACCUGGACCUUGCUAGAGGAGACUUUGCCCAGGCCAGUCAGAACCUGUGGACGUGUCUGAAGGCUCUGGGUCGUCCCUUACCCAUCUCCCAGUUGGACCUGGCCUGUGCAGCGCUCUGGUCCCUGCUCAGGUUCUGCCUCCAGCGGGUCUGGGUGGGCCGCUGGCUGGCUGCCAGAGCCGGCGGGCUUCGAUCCGACCGCCCGCUGAAGGAGGACGCCUGCAAGAGCAGCCGCGACGCCGCGCUGGUUUACCACCGCCUGCACCAGCUCCACAUGACAGGUAAGCUGAAUGGCAGCCACCUGUCGGCGGUGCACAUGGCUCUCAGUGCGGUGAACCUGGCAGAGUGUGCUGGCUCCUGUCUGCCUGUAGCCAGCCUGGCUGAAGUCUACGUCUCUGCAGCUCUACGGGUCAAAGCCAGCAUGCCGAGGAUCCUGCAUUUUACCUCUCGUGUGUUCCUGAGCAGCGCCCGCCAGGCGUGCCUGUCGUCCAGUGGCAGCGUGCCUCCAGCCAUGCAGUGGCUGUGUCACCCACUGGGUCACCGCUUCUUUGUGGACGGGGACUGGGCCAUCCGCAGCACGCCUAAAGAAAGCAUCUACAGCCAGGCCGGCAACACAGUGGAUCCUCUGGCCCAGGUGACCCAGGCGUUCAGGGAGCACCUCCUGGAGAAAGCUCUGUACUGCGUGGCUCAGCCUCGCGGGGAGAAAAGCCCGAGUCAGGGAGAGGGGGAGUAUGCUGAUGCCCUGGAGUACCUCCAGCUGUUGAUCAGUGCUUCGGACGCGGCCGGUGCAACGUCCCAGUCCUUCGCUAUCGGCUCCAACAUGGCUACUGUCACUGGCUGUGACCCCCACUCCAAAUGGUGGUCCUCUGUUACCGUGGUGAUCAUCAACUGGCUCCAAGGAGACGACGCCGCAGCAGAGAGACUCUACCCAACUGUUGAACACCUGCCCCGCAGCCUGCAGAACGCAGAGAGUCUUCUGCCCAAGGCGUGUCUCAACACAUUCAGGGCGGUGCGCGCUCUGCUGUCCAAGCCAGAAAACUGCCAGCUGAGUCUGAGCUACAGCGACAAGGCCAGCACCCUGCUCCGAGACAGCCUCAACCUGGGACCACACUGCCACAGCUCCAGUUUAGACAAGGUUGUCCAGUUGCUCUUGUGUGAUCUCCUGUUGGUGAUGAGGACCAACGUGUGGCGCCUGCAGCAACAGGGGGCCGGUCCUGCAGGCUCGGGGUCGGUGGGCACCAGCGGCCCCGCGGGGCUCCACCAGGCCUCCCCACCGGAGCUCCAAGGCUUCCAGCAGGACCUCAGCUCACUACGCAAGCUGGCACACAGCUUCAGGCCCGCAAUGAGAAGAUUGUUCCUCCAUGAAGCUACAGCCAGGCUGAUGGCAGGAGCCAGUCCCACGCGCACACACCAGCUCCUGGACCGCUCGCUGCGACGCAGGGCCACGCCCGGAGCCAAGACAGAGGAGUGCGAGACGCGGCCCGGCCAGCGGGAGCAGGCGGAGGCUGUGAUGCUGGCGUGCCGCUACCUCCCCCCCUCCUUCCUGUCGGCGCCGGGCCAGAGGGUGGGCAUGCUGGCCGACGCAGCGCGCACCCUGGAGAAGCUGGGAGACAAGAGGACCCUGCACGACUGCCAGCAGAUGAUCAUCAAGCUGGGCAGCGGCACCACCGUCACCAACAGCUAGACACAAGAGACAUGCAUGGACACUGUACAUAGAAACAUCUCUGAAAUACAAAAACACACACAGACAGACAGAAAAGAAAGAAAAGAAACCCCCACAGAGACACAAGCAUUCACUCUCUGGCAUUUUGGCGUGCAGCUACUGAAACCGAUUUAUUCAACUAUACAGAUUCAUAUCAAGCUGACAGGAUUUUUUUUUUCACAGACUGUCCUUCCCACCACACCAGGAGGCACUUGUAGAGCUCUCUCUCUCUUGUUGCUAUGGAUUAUGACCAGAAUAAAGGCUUUUUUUCCCCCCACUUACCGAGCUGAAUCCCCUCGUGAGAAUGCGUUGCAGUGCCACAGUUUGACCACAAGGAGGAGCCGUCACGUCCUCUUUGUGCACCGUUCCGUGUGAAUGAUGAGUGAGUGUGUGUGUGAAGAUAUUUGCCCCUGCACUUAUUCAGAAAAGUCCCACGCCCCGAUAUUUUCAUUUAGAUGCCCCUUAGAGUGGGUUAGAGUGGAGGGCUGCCCUGAUUGGCUGCAGAGGGGGGCGUGUCUUGUUUGUUGGAGGAAAAGGACCGAACUGAUUGGUCGGACCGUGGAGCUUAUUCAGCAGGAAGCCGCUCCGCAGGUUAUUCAAAUGGGUGAUUCUCAUGAAGUCUAAGUUAUGUCUGUGAAGAUUAUAAGGACAUACUUUAUUAAAUUAAAUAUAUUUCACUUUUAUAUGAGUGGACAAUAGAGCCAUAAUGAGGCACAAUUCAUUGUUUUGUGCUAAAAUAACAUUUUUAAACAUAUUUGAAUCACAAAUUCAUCACCGUAAUGCAUCCAGAUAAAAAUUAUUCAUGAGUCAUGGUUUCCCCCACACUUAUAUACAAUAAAUAUUUAAUAAACUUUAGAAAAAUACUUAUACAUUUGUUUAAAAAUGUAUAAUUUAACAGAAUAUAAUCAUAUGUUAUGUUAUGUCAUUAAUUUACCAAUCACCAAUUUAAAACCUGACAAAGAAGACACAAAUAUUAAGUAUUCUGUUUUGUUAAAUUGUUGUUUUUCCAAUGGAAAUUAUUAUUUGGUGGCUUUGAUGAGUCUCAAAUGUUAAAAUAUGUAAAUUUUCCAAUGUAAGCUGGUGGUUCUAACAACUCUUUUAAAGUUAAACCUUCAAAAUAAGACAAACAUAGUUACACAUAUACUCAAAUUGUUAAUUUAGUGAAUCACUUUUUGUAUCACUACACUUCUAAUGCACAAGGUCAUUUUUGACCCAUGUGUGUAAACUUGAUGUAAUAAUACAAAAACUAUUUUUCUUUAUAAAGUAUGAAAGGAAAAAUAGUUUUGUGUUAAAAUAACAUUUUUUUAUAUUUUUAAACAUAUUUUUGAUUCACAAAUUCAUCUCCGUAAUGCGUCCAGAUAAAAAUGUCAUGGUUUCCCCCGCACUUAUACACAAUAAAUAUUUAAUAAACUUUAUAAAAAUAAAUAUACAUUUGUUUGAAAAUGUAUAAUUUCACAGAAUACAAUCAAACAGAAUGUUUUUAACAAUGUAUAAAGAACAAAAUCUGAAUGAAAAUUGCUGAGAAAAAAUGGUUAAAUGUUACAAUAAUGAUAGAAUUGUUUGAAUUAAAAUGUGUAUAUUUUAAUAAAAUACAUUUUGGUGAUACCAACUAUUCUUGAGCAUAUUUAAGUGUUUGCCAAAGAAAAACCCCCCAAAACAAACCUUUUAGUAGUUUUUUUUUAAAUUUAAAAAUGUGUUACGGUAAUGAAUUUUGCUCACAGUGUCUCCAAAAAUGUCAGAAAAUAACUUAAAAUUCUUUAAAAAGAUUAUAAAUUCAUAUUAAACAGUGACUUUAGAUUGUAUAUGUUAUAAAGGGUCAGAUAAAAUAUGUAUUCAAUGCUCUUGAUUAUUGCUAUAAGCUGCACCAUGUUCAUGAGAAUCACCCAUAUCGUGUUUUUUUAAUAAUCUGAGGAGGGGCGACCCACUAAACAAGCCCCGUGUCUCUAUCUGCACUAGGCCUGCGAGGCUGAUUUCAAUGAGAUAAGUAAUAAUAUGGCUUUAUGAAGUUAUUUUCAUACAGGUCAUUAUUUGUUUUUGCUGUGUACAUAUUUUAAAAUGUAUUUAUAAUCUGUAUGAACUUUUGAUUAAGCAGUAUUUUGCAUAUAAGCAGAGUGAUAAAUGCUUAUUUUGUUCCCCUAAAGACCAGUUUUAUUUUAUUUGGUAGGUUUUUUUCGACCAGGCCCAAAUAAUGUUUGUGAGUUACUGUAUUGUGUUGCCAUGGCGACGGGCGUCAAAAUGGUUAACAGGUUAUUUGCGUCACAUCGUCUGACUCGACUGACCUUUUGCACUGUUGCACACAUGUGCAACUAUGAUCUCAAAAGAAAAAAAAAAACUGGCAUCAAUCACCAACAGACGACUCGAACUUGAACCUUUGGCACUUUUGCAACAAGUUGCAUAAUGCAAAUAAUUUCAAAAUUGUUUUUUUUUCUUCCAAAGAGGGCCUGUAGUAAAUCUUCUGGUGUUUCUUUGUAGUUCAAUAUAAAGUAGCAAUACUUGCUCUUUCAGUCAUGAUAGCUUCAUGCUCCUAGAGAACCACCGUUGUUUGAUUUUUAGAGGACUGUAAAAUAAACAACAACAACUUUGGCAUGUGUUUUUGUCCCAGAAUCGGUAUGUUUUUUUUAUAGUGUGUCACUAAUGUGAAAGAGUGAAAGACUGAAAGAAGGUGUUAUUCAUGUGUACUUUAACUUACAUAUUUUCAUCUCUUCCGUUUUCUUUGGUUUCAUCCUUUUAUGAUGUAAAUAUUAAAGCAUUUUGUAAAGAAGA